AUGAAGUGCCUCCUGCUCGCCCUGGGCCUGGCCCUCGUGUGUGGCCUCCAGGCCGCCACCGUCCCCCCGACCAUGGAGGACCUGGAUAUAAGACAGGUGGCUGGGACGUGGCACUCCAUGGCCAUGGCGGCCAGCGACAUCUCCCUCCUGGACUCGGAGACCGCCCCUCUGAGAGUGUACGUCCAGGAGCUGAGACCCACGCCCCGGGACAACCUGGAGAUCAUUCUGCGCAAAUGGGAAAACCACGCAUGCAUCGAGGGGAACAUCAUGGCCCAGAGGACCGAGGACCCAGCCGUGUUCACGGUCGACUACCAGGGGGAAAGAAAGAUCUCGGUGCUGGACACUGACUACACCCACUACAUGUUUUUCUGCGUGGAGGCCCCAGCGCCCGGCACGGAGAACGGCAUGAUGUGCCAGUACCUGGCCAGGACCCUGAAGGCUGACAACGAGGUCAUGGAGAAAUUCGACAGAGCCCUCCAGACUCUGCCCGUGCACAUCCGGAUCAUCCUGGACCUGACCCAGGGGAAGGAGCAGUGCCGCGUCUAGGGCCUAGAGAGGAUGACACCCCUUCCAGCCCCGUCGGGGGGACUCAGGAGGGACCGGGCCUGCCGGACCUGUUCGUCCAGCCCCUAGGCUCCUGGGGGGGGGGGGCCCAGCCUGGGGUCUCCUGCUCUGAGCCCCUCCCCCUCCAGCAAUAAAGAAAUAAAGCAG